UGCGCAUUGUUUAUUGCAAAAAACUGAGCGACAAAACAUUUUCUAUGAAACAAUUUCGCUUUUCAUACUAGUAGUUUCGUUUUUGCAAUCAACUUAUUCCCCUUUCACUACUUCCUUAAUGGGCUCGUGUCCCGACAGCCUAUUCGAUUCUUCUUGGAUCGUACAAUGAGGAUUGUUAUUCCCUGUCACUAGAAAGAAUUCUAUGGAAUAUGAAUAGAAUUGAAUGGGUUAUCGAAGUACAAUACUUAUUGCAAAGUUAUGGCUUGAAUUGAAAUAUAUUCACUAAUAAUUAUUAGUACUGUUCUCUGAAUAAACUAGCUAAAGAUGUAUAAGCAGGUUUACUUGUUGAACCACUGAAUGCUGAAUCAUUUAGUUCAGUUAUACAAUUUACAAAACUUUCGUCCCACUUCUCUUAAGAUCAUCUAUUUUCUAUUGCACUUUCUUUGCUUUAUUUCGUUGUAUCAGCAACAUACUCAAUUGUAUUAUGCUUAUAAUAUAAUACUAAUUUUAGGAGUUUCUCUGGCAUUCUCGAGAGUUUUCUUUUUUUUAUGACUUUUCAAAGAUAUUUGAAAAGUAAUCAUCCAAAAAAUUCCUCCAAAAGGCAAACUCUAUCACCUUGUGGGCUAUUCUGAACUUGGAUUUGGCACUAUUGAUGUCUUUUCUUUAGGACUCCAAUGCAGGUUGUCUCUCACCAGCAAACGAUGCAACUAUUUAUAAAUAGCUUAUUCAUUAGAACAUAUAUACAACUAAGAAAAAAGCCCUUUCCAUCUUAUACACUCCUCUAUUCUUGUAUGACUAGGAAGUAACGAAAGCUCAUAUACGAGUAACAUCUCGCCAGUAGAACCAGAAAGCUUCAAACAAGCAGCACUUGCUAGAUUCGUGUGAGACAGAAUUAACAACAGAAAAAUGGCACCUGCUGAUCCAAAGAGAGCUGAUUUAGUAGUUCCCUACAAAGCGAUUCCCAGAGCUGAAGAUGAUGUCGGAUUAACUACAGUUAGCACUUUUGUUUGUAUGGCUGCUUUGUUUUUACGAAUCAAAUUUAUCGCUUGGGCUGCUUUUAUCCUAGCUGCAUCGAAUUUGCUCAAUUCUACCUCUGCACCAAACGCUUCUCCCAUGUCCAUGGCCUUCAUGGGUAUUGCCUCUUUGGUUUCCACAUAUCUUCCUAUGUUUUUAAACACACCUCAGUCGCCCAACCCUCAAUAAUUCCAUCAGUGUGCUUUUUUUCCCAAGAAAAAAAGGUAACAAGCGUAGAACCCUUCUAUGCUCGGUUCUUGUUUUAUUUUCUCAAUGUGACCAGGGUAUAAUAUUCUCUUCAAUAUAUACACUCGAUAUAUGUUAUUCCAUUUAGUCAAUCAUAAUUUCUUUAGGACCUUACACCUUCAACUACAUGAAGGCAAACCUUUUGAACGAUGCAAAAAUGGAACACAUACUGCCAAAUCUGAAGAUUUUUCUUUUUCUUCGUCCAUCAUUUCUUCUUCCUAUGAGUGUGAUUCUUACAAUUCAUUUUGCAAUCAAAUGUCUAUCGCAUACAAUAGUCCAUUGAUGAUGAAUUGCCUUAACGGCCUACCCAUACUACUACCAGUCAAGAACGCAAGGGAUGAACUGUAGGUAAAUUUCAAGUACAAGUAACGCUUAAGACAUGAUCAUGG